AUGCUCGACUUGCGAAACACGGGCGCCCUGAGCGUUCGGGAGCACUCGCCAACGCUGCUGCACAGGUUCGAGCUCUGGAUGAUUAAUGACGGCAAAAAAUACGUGUACCUUGGGUUCUGGCUGGCGAUACAGGUGAUCAUCUAUGCCGUGGCCCUGGUCAACUACCAGUACAACCCGCUGUGGCAGAACGCACACAAGAUGCUGGGGGUGGGAUUUCUGACGGCGCGGUCGGCGGCCUUGGCUCUGCACGUGGACACGGCGCUGGUGCUGUUUCCGGUGUGCCGGACUGUGAUUUCGUGGAUCCGCAAGACGCCGCUGAACCGCAUUAUUCCGUUCGACCACGCAAUUCUGUUCCACCAGGUGAUCGGCUACUCGAUAGUGUUUUUCACGCUGGUGCACGCCGGCUCGCACUACCACAACUACUACGUGGUGUCGCAGCAGACGGGGACGCCGUACUUGAAGCUGCUGUUUGCGACGGGCCACGGCCUGACCGGUCACAUUAUGAUGCUGUGCAUUCUGCUGAUGGGCGUGACCGGGUACACCAAGGUGCGCCGCAAGCACUUCAAUCUGUUCUGGAACGUGCACCAUCUGUUUGUAGUGUACUUUGCGUGCUUUUCGAUCCACGGGGCGUUCUGUCUCUUGAAGCCCAACACGCCGCCGUACUGCAAGAGCGGCGCGACCUUCUGGAAGUACUGGCGGCUAUCGCGCGAGUGGCGGGCUCACCGGCGUGCCAACGCAAUGAAGGUGCAGAAGGUGAUUCUGCAUCCGGGCAAGGUCAUUGAGGUGCAAUUCCGCAAGCCAGCGGGCUUCAAGGGCCAGGCCGGGCAGUAUGCGUUCCUGAACUGCCCGGCGGUGUCGACUGAGCAGUGGCACCCGUUUACCUUGACGAGCGCGCCGGAGGAGGACUAUGUGUCUGUGCAUAUUCGCGUGGUGGGCGACUGGACACGCGCAUUUGCCGAGGCGCUGGGCGCGAAGGGCGACCACUGGAAGGCGCUGGAGCAGUCGAAGGAGCAGGAGCGGAAUACCGAGGGGCAGCGCCCGGCGGCAAAUGUGCUGCCGCAGGUGCUGAUUGACGGGCCGACGUGUUCAAUCCACGAGAUUGCGAUGCUGUUCUGCGCGGGCAUCGGGUGCACGCCGUUUGCGUCGGUGCUCAAGUCGAUUUGGUACCGGCUGAGCUACCCAGAGGGGGCGUUCCGGCUGCGCAAGGUGUAUUUCUUCUGGGUGCAGCGGGACACCAAGUCAUUCGAGUGGUUCCAGGAUCUGCUGAAGGCGAUUGAGGAGGAGGAGGACAUGCGGAUGGAGACCGACGCGGACAUGCACACGUACUAUCUGGGGCGGAACGACGGCGAGCAGAUGAUCGAGAUCCACACGUACCUGACCGGCCGCCUGAACGAAAUGCAGACCCAGCAUUUGCAUCUGAACAACGGCGAGCUGGACCCGAUCACGGGGCUGCGCAGCCCGACCAACUUUGGCCGCCCGAACAUGGACGCCAUUUUCAAGGCUGUGGCCCACAAGCACCCGGCGACCGACGUCGGCGUGUUUUUCUGCGGCCCGGUCAAGCUUGGCUCGUCCAUUGAGAGCGCUGCCAAGAAGUGGUCGAGCGAGGGCCAGGAGGGCACAAAGUUCUACUAUAACAAGGAGAACUUUUGA